AUGGCGGAGUCGAUCGUGUCCUUUGCCGUUGAAAGAGUUCGUGAUCUGCUCAUUGAAGAGGCUAAGUUCUUGUGGGAAGUGGAAGGCCAGGUGAAGGACAUGCAGAAGGAGCUGAAGAGAAUCCAGUGCUUCCUGAAAGAUGCGGACAGGAGGCAAGAUGAGGACGAGGUCAUCCACAACUGGGUCUCCGAGAUUAGAGACAUCGCCUACGAUGCGGAGGAUGUUACAGAGACCUACAUCCUUAAAGUCACAUUGAAUAAGGAGAAGGCUGGCAGCAACUAUCUCAAGUUACUGACUGGCUAUCUGACGAAGUGCGUCUGCGUGGACGUCCACAAAGCCGGAAACGAGAUCGUGGAUAUCAAGUCUAAGAUCUCCAGCCUCACGGCGAGUAUGCAGACAUACGGCAUAAGACCUAUAAAAGAAGGCGAGAGCUUGAGAUCCUGUUAUAGGAAGCAACAGAAGACAAACCAAUCCCAUGCCCAUGUCGAGGAAGAUUUUGUCGGGAUGGAGGACAGCAUAAAAGAUAUGGUGGGGGAGAUGGUAAAGAGAGGAAGGCAGCACCGCGUUGUUUCCAUCUGCGGAAUGGGCGGUCGUGGGAAGACAUCACUCGCCAAGAAAGUUUACUCUCACGAAGAGGUCAGGCGCAACUUUGACUGCUUUGCCUGGACAUGUGUGUCUCAGCAGUACCAGGUGAAAGAAAUACUGGUGGAGAUCCUCAUCGAGUUCAUACCCGAUCAGCGGAAGGAAAUUCUAGAGAUGAGGGAACAGGAGCUACUGAAAACCUUAUACAUAGCCCAGCAAAAGAAGAGAUGUCUUGUGGUUCUUGAUGAUGUCUGGACAACUGAAGCUUGGGACAAUCUCAAAGGUGCAUUUCCCAUGGAAAACACGAGCAGCAAGAUCCUGUUGACUACGCGCAAUCAGACCAUAGCAAAGUAUGUAGAUCCACACUGUUUUGUCCAUGAACCUCGGUACCUGUCUGAAAAGGAGAGCUGGGAGUUGCUGAUGAGGAAAGCCUUUCCUGGAAGAGCCGAUCCAACCAUUCACCCGGAAAUGGAACGGUUAGGAAAGAAUAUGCUUAGACAAUCUGGAGGUUUACCCUUGGCUGUCAUUGUCCUUGGUGGAGUCCUGGCAAAGAAAAAGACUUUGAGUGAGUGGGAAACAGUUCAACGGAACAUAGACUUAGAUCUACAGAAGGGCCGGAUUGAAGUAUCUAAAGUGUUGGCGCUGAGCUAUGAGGAUUUGCCCUACCAUCUGAAACCAUGCUUCCUUUAUUUCGCGAAUUUCCCAGAAGAUGUGGCUAUUCCUGCUAGGAAGCUCGUUCACAUGUGGAUUGCUGAAGGCUUCUUCCCGUCCACAGCAUCCGGUGGGAAGGGAGAGAGGACGAUCGAAGACGUUGCAGAGCACUCCCUAAAUGAACUUGUCAAUCGAGGAUUGGUCCAAGCACGAGUAUCGAAAUCAACUGGGAAAAUCAAGACCUGCCACCUUCACGAUCUUAUGCGAGAUCUCUGCAUCUUGAAAGCGAAGGAGGAAAACUUCCUUGAUGUCAUAAAUCUUCAGAAAAUCAAUGAAACUACUGACAGUUCUUCGGCUUUCAAAGUUCGAAGGCUAUCCAUAUACUUGAACGGUGAGGAUGGUAUUGAAGGGUAUCCGCCUUCGGUGACAUCAAAGCUUGGAGAAACUUCACAUCUCCGAGCUCUUAUCUUGUUUGAUCCUAAAGGAUGUGGGAUGAAAAGUUGGGAGCAAAUGCAAACUCUAUAUUUGAACUAUGAAUUUCUCAGAGUAUUAGACCUGGAAGGUUUCUAUUCUCUGGCAGGAGCCCUCCCAAAAUCAGUUGGAGAUCUGGUCCAUUUACGGUACUUGAACUUAAGAAACACGAGAGUUGAAGAGCUUCCUGUGUCAUUGGGGAACCUUGAAUGCAUGGAAACCCUGGAUUUACGGGUUUCCAGAGCCGGAGCUGUACUUGUUCCUGAUGUGUUAUGGAAGAUGAAAAGAUUGAAAUAUCUCUACCUUCCUCUUCAGUUUUCUGUAAGGGGCUCGGAGAAGUUGCAGCUGCAUAGUCUGAAGCAUCUGGAAACUUUGAAAAAUUUUUCUCCGACCAUGUGUGAGGUUAAAGAUCUAGAGAAACUCACCAAUCUACGAAGACUGACAUUUUGUCCACUAGAAGGUACCGAGGGGUUGGAGCAAGUCCUCAAACUCGGAGGAAUCACCCUCAAACGCAUCCGAUGCACAUCCUUCAAAAUCACCUGGACAUUUCCAGAGCCGAAUCUGGGGCAAUUAUCAGGAUACCGCCAUCCUUGUAACCUCUUCCUUCAAGGAUCAAUUCAGAAGUUGCCAGAGGACAAGCAUUUUCCAAACCGAAUCAGGAAGUUGAUCCUGAAGAAGUCCAAGCUCGAGGAGGAUCCAAUGCCGAAGCUGGAGAAGCUGCAGAAUCUGAUCGUCCUCCACUUGCUAGAGGAUGCCUUUAUGGUGAAGGAGAUGGCCUGUUCCUCACAAGGCUUUCCUCAACUGAGAAGCCUGCUUCUCAGUGAGCUGAGCUGCUUGGAGGGAUGGAAGGUUGCAGAAGGAGCCUUGGCUUGUCUUUCACACCUAGGAGUUGCCAACUGUGCCAGAAUGAGAAGGGUAGUGCCUGAAGGUUUGAGCUUUGUCGCUGACCGGCAGAAGCUUGACUUUGUCUAUGUAGCAGCAGGCAACCGAGGGCGGUUUCGGGUGGUGAGAGAAGGUAAAAGAUGGGUUUACCACAGAGACAACGGGGUAGUGGUAAGAGAAGUCCAGGCAGAGCGUGAUGCAUCGGCAGAAGAAAGAAAGUCUGCAGAGGAAUGGAUGCUUGACUACGCCCCGCAACAGGCAGAGCGUGAUGCAUCGGCAGAAGAAAGAAAGUCUGCAGAGGAACGGAUACUUGACUACGCCCCGCAACAGGCAGAGCGUGAUGCAUCGGCAGAAGAAAGAAAGUCUGCAGAGGAAUGGAUGCUUGACUACGCCCUGCAACAGGUCACGUCAAAAUUAGCACCAGCACGAAGAAGAAAAAUAGCAUUGCUUGUCGAGGCAUUCGAGACUGUUGCGCCUAUGCCGCCUCUUGUUGACGCAGACAGAGAAGAGAGUGAAGAGAUGGAAGCUGAUGUGCCUGGUGAGGAAGAGACCGAGCAUGAUAAGAGCCUGAACUCGGAUGACUUCAACACCCGAGAACAAAAAGAUCCAGCCCUAGAGCGAGACAGAGCUAUUGCAUUGGUUGUCGAGGCAAUCGAGACUAUUUCGCUGCCGCCUCUUGUUGACGCAGACAGAAAAGAGGGUGAAGAGAUGGAUAGCUGAUGUGCCUGGUAAGGAAGAGACUGAGCACCAUAAGAGCCUGAACUCGGAUGACUACAACCUCCGAGAACAAAAAGAUCCAGCCCCAGAGCCAGAAACAGGAGCUGUUGCACGUCUUCCGGGGCAAGAGCAGGCCAGACGAGGAUUUCGAGCGAGACUAUUACCGGUUCUCAGAGUUCUGCAGUUCAUCUCCUUACUUCGAGCUCUUCCACGCUUCAACCCUAGGCAGUAAGCCAUUUAUAUAGUACUUUAGUCAAAUAUUCUCCUUUCUUCCUCAGUAAAUUGAUGCAUGAAGGACUGUCCUGGACCUGCCAUACCUACACUUUGAGUUUGUUUGGAAUCCAUGGGCAACAUUCUGUCCUUCCGAAUCCGAAAUCUUGCACAAGCAGACGACUGAUGAAAAUCAAGAGAGGAGAUUUAGCAACUUUCAUUUUCCAGUUCAACAUAAAUUACAUGCAUGUGAAGAUCUUUCAAGUGGAAGACUAAAAUGAACUGUACUCAGUGCUUCCAUAUAAUUGAGUUGUAUUUGUUGCAUAAAAGGCCAACUGUCCUCUGUUGCGUCGAAAAGGCCUCUCUACUUUUGAUGCUUCCAGGUGGAACCUUUGUCUCUUCUAACAUCGACUCAAAACUCAUGAUUCAUUUUACAGUCAUUUGAUGGAAUAAGAUCCAAGCAAAAUACACUGUGAUA